GCACAGAAGCCAAUGGAAUCAUCUGAUUCGCGACUGUUUACAAAACAAAUAAAAGUCCAAUGUACUUACCGGCUGAGUCAUUCACUUUACAGAUUUUCAUAUCUGUCAUAUGUGAGUAAACUUGUAUGAGUGUUGUUAGAAUCGGAAACGUCAAUAACAUUGUGAACAGAAGAAUUUGAUAGAGGAAACAAUGGCCUAGGUUAGUUCCCACAGAUUAUCGUAGUGCGGUUUACGAAGUAAGUGAGCGUUUAGUGUCGGAUUCUGUAAUGGAUUAGGGUGUGCUUUCGAUUGAGAUGGCCGAUUUAAUACGCACAGGAAGUCACAACCAAGGAGCUGGCAUGAUGAAAGAUAAACUGGGCUCACCUUCAACAGGAAGCGAGGACGGAAACGAACAAGACAUACAGCCUCCACCGAAACCGGAACAUGGGGAAGAACAGGACCUGGGGGACUCGGCCCAUUAUGCACCCUUGGAAACUCUGUGGUACCACGGGAGACUCGAUAGAUAUCAAGCUGAAGAAAGAUUGUGGCAAUGCAACAAACUUGGUUGUUAUUUAGUGAGAGAGAGCGAUCGAAAACCCGGGUCCUACGUGCUGUCUUAUUUGGGAAGAACGGGAAUGAACCAUUUUAGGAUAACGGCCGUUUGUGGCGAUUUUUACAUCGGGGGCCGACAAUUUAUUUCUCUUAAUGAUUUGGUGGGCUACUAUACCGAAUGCAGUGAUUUACUGAAAAGAGAACGAUUGGUGAUUCCUGUGGCGCCCCCAGAACCAGUAAACGAUAAAAAGAGGGUGGUUGCCAUAUUGCCUUACACCAAGAUGCCUGACACCGAUGAACUAACAUUUAAGAAAGGUGAUAUAUUUUUUGUACACAACGACAUGGGCAACGGAUGGAUUUGGGUGACGGCCCAUCGAACCGGCGAGCAGGGCAUGAUUUUUUGUGAGUUGGUCGACGAUUUGGACGACAGCAUCGAUCCUAACACAGUCUUUCCAUGGUUUCAUCCAAACUGCACGAAAAACGAAGCCGUCGAUCUGCUCGUUAAAGCUGGUCCCGGUAGUUUUCUUGUAAGACCUAGUGAUAAUUCACCAGGGGAUUAUUCGUUGUUUUUCCACAUUAACAACCAAAUUCAACGAUUCAGAAUCGAAAAAAAAGGAGUAAGAUACCUGAUGGGUGGUCGAAUUUUUGAAUGUUUGGACGCAGUUAUCAAUAGAUACCGUAAGGAACAAAUCGUGGAGGGACAUACUUUACAACAUCCACUCGUUGUUGAUGGUAGCACCCAAUUGGACUGGGUUCCUGAGAAUCAAAAAGCCAAAUCCGAGGCGGAAAAGAUUUACGCUACAUUGAGAGAAUGUCGCGACCAAGCGGGCUUAAAGAAAAUGCGCGGUAUCAAGCACCAGGGCUAUUUGCACCGAAAAUCCGACAAGGCCGCCAAAAAAUGGAAGUUGUUGUACUUUGUCCUCUUGGUAGACGGCACAGAUACCCAUUUGUAUUUGUACGAGAAUCCGAAGAGAACCAAACCUAAGGGCCUCAUCGACCUGUCCUGCGCCUAUCUCUACCAAGUCCACGAUAGUUUGUGGGAGAAGUCUUAUUGCUUGCAGCUGGUAGAGCGAGCGCUGCCUUGUCUGGCGACGGUCACUCACCUAGCGGCUCGGUCGCACGAGGAAUGUCAAGAGUGGGUGAACGCGUUGAAGCCGCUGUGCGUGCCGCAGCUGAGCAGGGCCACCUGCAAGGUGCCGAGGCUGCGCGACCUGCGCUGCCUCACGUUGCACGUCCUCGACGCGCACCGUUUACCAUUCAAGUUGGUUCCGACGCCCUACGUCACCAUACAACUCAACAAUCAGGUCCGUAUCGCCAGAACUAGGACAAAGUCUGGACCUGAUCCUGUUUGGGACGAAGAAUUCAUCUUUGAUGAUGUGCCAUGUGAUAUUGUAUCGUUCACUUUGACUGUACAUAACAAGGGCAAACGCGGCAAGGAGACGGAAGUUGCGGAAUUACACGUGGAGUUGUCGUCAUUGGGUAACGGGGAAGAAAGAGAAGAAUGGUACACGCUCUCCGGUUUAACGCCUAUGGGCGAAUGGGGUUCCCUUAGAUUAAGAACAAGAUAUUUGCACGACUUGGUUAUGCCUGCCGAAGAAUACAGUCCUUUGCAACAGCUGUUGUUGGAACCGGGACUGACAUCAGUGAAAACGUUAGCAGAAAUAUGCCAUAAUGACAGAGCGCCCUUAGCAACUGCCCUGUUGCGCGUUUUCCGGGCAGAGGGACGAGAAACUGAACUACUCCGAGAACUAAACUCUGCAGAGAUUGCCAGAGAAACGGAAACGUCCACUUUAUUCCGGGCUGCUUCUUUGGCCACGACUCUGAUGGAUUUGUACAUGAAAGCCGAGUGUAGCGGUUUUUUGCAAGCUGCCGUUCUAGAAAUCGUUUUGCGCUUAUUGGAGAGCAAGCAGAGCGCAGAAUUAAAUCCUGCUAAAAUGGAAUCUUUGGACGAUGCCUGUAACAAUGCAGAGUUCCUCUUGCAAAUUCUCGAUCAAGUAACUUUGAGCAUAUUCAUGUCGCCGGAAGCGUGCCCGAGAUCGGUGCGAUACAUUUGCGGGUGUUUGCAAAAAGCGGUGAUCGCGAAGUGGCCCGACGAGAGGUUCGUGCGCACCCGUGUGGUGUCGGGCUUUAUAUUUUUGCGUUUGCUGUGUCCGGCCCUUUUGAAUCCCCGCCAAUUCGGCCUCGUCAGCGAACAACCGUCGCCCGCUGCCACCAGAAGUCUCGUCAUGGUUGCCAAGUGUCUGCAGAACCUGGCCAAUCUGAUCGAAUUCGGCGGAAAGGAGCCUUACAUGGAAGUCGUAAACCCGUUCAUUCUGAAAAACAAAGAACGGAUGGUGGUAUUUUUGGAUCAACUGUCGAUGAUCGGCGACCCGGGCGAGCCCCGGAUCACCAGCAAACCCGACACUGCCAAGGAGUUGGCAACGUUGCAUCACAUAUGCGUGGCGCACGUUGCCGAGCUGCAGGCGGUCGCCAAAGUCAACGGAAACAUCAAAACUCUGGUAACGGUCACCGAUAUGCUGGCCAAGCACAAGCAAAAAUACAUGGAAAUGAUCAGAUGAUCUGACUAAGUCAAUUGAUUGGAUCGUACGUACAGGGUACACACGUCAAGCAAAAUAAAAUUCGACAACAAAACUAAGUCAUAAACUUAUUGUUUAGUUUAGGUAUUACUUUAUAUUUGUAGAGGUUAUUCUGUACGAUAUUGAGUUGUGAAUUUACAUUCAUACAUAUGCAAACUCAGGAGAAGGAAGUGCACACCAUCUUUUGUGACAUUUUGUAAUUCUAAAUGGUAUUUUUUUCAAAAUUUAUGUGCCACCAAUAUGACAAUUACAAAACAUUGGUGUCCCAAAAUAUAACUUUUUGAUAGAGUUUAUAUUUAGUUAUUUUUAAAGAUUACAAAUUAAAUGUGUGGACUGAAACAAAUUCUAAAUGCUCACAAAAAUACCAAAUUAUCAUUGUAAUUUUUAUUUUGUAGUUUAAUAAUUAUUAAGUGAAUGGUCACAAAUCAAAACUUUAUUGUCCCAAGGACUUUGUUUUUCUCCUAUAUUCCUUUUAUUAAAAGACUGUUUAAAAUAUAAUUCUAAGUCAUUAAAAAUCACCCUAACAAUUAUUAUAGAUCUAUUUUCCAACAGUCAUUUUGUUUAUUUUAUUUAUUCAUCGUCAUAUAUUAGUUAUGGUGCUAAAAUUUAGUUGUUUAGAAACUUCAUCUAUAAUUUCUAUUAAAAGUCGUAUAUUCCACUUUUAAAUUAACAGUAGCUUGCCUCUAUAAAGCAUAAAUAAAUAAACCAUUGUCUACGGUAUUAAAACUUGCUUCUUAGCAGUCAGUUAAAUUGGAAAACAUUAUUUUUAUACCCUCAUUUUCUAAAAAGGUAAAUUGUAAUAAAAUGUUUUUCAUUUAACCAAAUAACCUUUUUUUAAGGGAUAAUACCAAUAAAACACUGACUCAAUUUUCUGUAGUUUAUUAUAUUUGGAUUUUGUUAUUUAUCUAUUUAAAUGGUGCCACAACUUGGAGAUAAAAAAAAGUAUUUUUCCAAAUUGCAGAACCAAAUAUUUUGGAUGCUCUUUACUUUCCAAAAAUGUACCAAUCCCAUUUUUAUA